GAGGCGCGCGGCGCAGCAUGGAGGCGGCGGCGGCGGCGAGGUGGCGGGGCCUGCCCGAGCGGCCCAGCCUCGCGCCCCUGACGGCGCCGGGCUACGGGCGGCCCCGCGAGAGGCAGCACCCGGCCCUGCAGGAGCUGACCCGGGCCCACGUCGAGUCCUUCAACCUGGCCGUGGGCGAGGGGCUGCACCGGGCCGUGCAGGCUGUUCCUGCUCUGGAGUUUGCUUUCAAAAAUGAACGCAUCACUCUGGCAGUUGUGGGCGCUGUCAUCAGUCCUCCUAUGGUACCAAAAGGGAGUAUCUGUAAAGAGCUGAAAGUAUACCCAGCAGAAUGUAGAGGACGCAGAAGCACCUAUCGUGGGAAACUGACUGCUGACAUCAGCUGGUCAGUGAAUGGCAUUCCUAAAGGGAUUAUUAAACAGUCCCUGGGAUAUGUUCCAAUCAUGGUGAAAUCUAAACUUUGCAAUUUACAUAGUCUUCCUCCCAGAGCUCUGAUUGAACACCAUGAGGAAGAAGAGGAAAUGGGAGGCUAUUUUAUAGUUAACGGUAUAGAAAAAGUUAUCAGAAUGCUGAUUAUGCCUAGACGAAACUUCCCCAUUGCAAUGAUAAGACCCAAAUGGAAAAGCCGAGGCCCUGGUUACACAGAGUAUGGUAUAUCGAUGCACUGUGUUAGGGAUGAGCACACUGCUAUAAACAUGAACCUUCACUACCUGGAGAAUGGUACAGUGAUGCUGAACUUCAUUUUUCAGAAAGAGUUGUUCUUCCUCCCACUGGGAUUUGCACUGAAGGCAUUAGCUGGUUUCUCAGAUUACCAGAUUUUUCAAGAGUUGAUCAAAGGAAGAGAAAACAACUCCUUCUAUAAGAACUGCAUCUCUCAGAUGCUGAGAAUGGUAAUGGAGGAGGGCUGUGCCACGCAGAAGCAGGUCCUUAACUACAUUGGGAAAUGCUUCCGAGUGAAACUCAACCUUCCUGAGUGGUACCCAAAUGAGCAAGCUGCAGAAUUCCUUUUGGAUCAGUGCAUCUGUAUACACUUGAAAACCAAAACUGAGAAGUUCUACUUGCUUUGUCUGAUGACCCGGAAGCUGUUUGCUUUUGCCAAAGAAGAGUGCAUGGAGGAGAAUCCAGAUAGCCUUAUGAAUCAGGAGGUGCUUACCCCAGGGCAGCUUUACCUCAUGUUCUUAAAGGAGAGGAUGGAAGCUUGGUUGCUUUCUGUUAAAGUAGCCUUGGACAAAAGAUCUCAAAAGACCAAUAUAACCAUAAAUUCAGAAAAUAUGAUGAAGCUAUUCAGCAUGGGAAUUGAUGUUACAAGGCCAUUUGAAUAUCUCCUUGCUACUGGUAACCUGCGCUCUAAAACAGGUCUGGGUAUGCUACAAGAUUCUGGUCUGUGUGUGGUGGCAGACAAGCUGAAUUUUAUUCGUUACCUGUCCCAUUUUCGCUGCGUACACAGAGGUGCUGCAUUUGCCAAGAUGAGAACCACCACAGUGCGCAAACUGCUGCCAGAAUCCUGGGGCUUCCUGUGCCCUGUGCACACCCCCGACGGAGAGCCCUGUGGGCUGAUGAACCAUAUUACGACUGUCUGCGAAAUAGUGACGAAGUCAGCCUACACCUUGUCCCUGCCACCUUUGCUCUGCUCCUUAGGUGUCACUCCAGUUGAUGGGACUCCAAGCCAACCCUAUGCAGAGUGUUACCCAGUUACACUGGAUGGCUCGUUAGUGGGCUGGGUAGAAAAAGAUAUGGCUCCUAGGAUUGCAGAUACUCUCCGGCACUUUAAGGUAAUGCAAGAAAAGAAAAUUCCAGCCUGGACUGAGGUAGUCCUUAUUCCAAUGACAGGAAAACCCAGUCUGUAUCCAGGAUUAUUCAUUUUUACUACCCCUUGCAGGAUGGUUCGGCCUGUGAGAAAUUUGGCCUUGGGAAAGGAAGAAUUGAUCGGUACUCUGGAACAGGUCUUCAUGAACAUUGCUGUCCUUGAGGAUGAAAUUGUGCCUGGCGUGACCACUCACCAGGAGCUCUUUCCUCAUAGCAUGCUGAGUGUGGUGGCCAACUUCAUUCCGUUCUCUGAUCACAACCAGAGUCCCAGAAACAUGUACCAAUGCCAGAUGGGCAAGCAAACUAUGGGCUUUCCACUUCUGACUUAUAAGGAACGCUCAGAUAAUAAACUGUACCGACUUCAGACCCCGCAAAGCCCCUUGGUGCGGCCAUCCAUGUAUGAUUACUAUGACAUGGACAACUAUCCAAUUGGCACCAAUGCAGUCGUUGCUGUCAUCUCCUACACUGGCUAUGACAUGGAAGAUGCAAUGAUUGUAAGUAAGGCUUCGUGGGAGAGAGGAUUUGCACAUGGCAGCGUUUACAAGACGGAGAGCAUAGAUCUUGCUGAAAAAAUCAAACAAGGAGAUGACAGUCUGGUGUUUGGAGUCAAGCCUGGUGAUCCAAGGGUUAUACAGAAUCUAGACGCUGACGGACUGCCGCACAUUGGAUCCAUACUGCAGUAUGGGGAUCCUUACUACAGCUACCUGAACCUCAGUACCGGGGAGAGUUUCAUAACCUAUUACAAGAGUAAGGAAAGUUGCAUUGUGGAUAACAUCAAAGUGUGCAGCAAUGACAGUGGAAAUGGAAAAUUUAAAAGUGUUUGCAUCACUAUGAGAAUCCCUCGUAAUCCAACUAUUGGGGACAAAUUUGCCAGCCGACAUGGACAGAAGGGUAUUUUGAGCAGACUCUGGCCAGUUGAGGACAUGCCAUUUACAGAGAGUGGAAUGGUUCCCGAUAUUCUCUUCAAUCCUCAUGGCUUUCCAUCCCGAAUGACCAUUGGAAUGCUGAUUGAGAGCAUGGCAGGGAAGUCUGCAGCGUUGCAUGGCCUCUGCCACGAUGCCACCCCCUUCACGUUUUCAGAGGAGAACUCUGCCUUGGAAUACUUUGGCAAGAUGUUGAAGGCUGCUGGCUAUAACCACUAUGGAACGGAGAGGAUGUACAGCGGAAUCAGUGGGGUGGAACUGGAGGCAGAUAUCUUUAUCGGACUUGUAUACUACCAACGCCUGCGCCACAUGGUCUCGGACAAGUUCCAAGUGAGGACGACAGGAGCCAGAGAUAAAGUCACCAACCAGCCCAUCGGUGGGAGGAAUGUCCAGGGCGGGAUUCGCUUUGGAGAGAUGGAACGCGAUGCCUUGUUGGCUCACGGCACGUCCUUCUUGCUGCAUGACCGUCUCUUCAACUGUUCCGAUCGGUCUGUGGCCCACGUCUGUGUCAAGUGUGGCAGUUUGCUUUCUCCUUUGUUGGAGAAGCCUCCGCCUUCCUGGUCCACCACGCGCAAUAGGAAAUGCUACUGUACUGUGUGCAAUCAGAGCGACACAAUCGACACGGUUUCUGUGCCUUAUGUCUUCCGGUAUUUUGUGGCUGAGUUGGCAGCCAUGAACAUAAAAGUGAAACUCGAUGUGAACUAACUGUGGACGUGAAUAGCCAGGCAACUACUCUGGAAAAACUAAUUUUUAAAUGCCCAGAUUUUUCUGUUGAAGGAUUUAAAAGGACUAUUAACUCAUAGCUUAAAAUCCUGCAACAGCUGUGGGAUUAGUUUGAUUUGUGUACUUAAAGUGGGGAGAUAAUCUGCUAAAUUACUUAGCAAUCAAAUGGAGAAGAGGUGCAGACCCCUUAAUAGUCACUGUUAGCUCUGUAACAAUCCUCUGCAUUUGUUUCAUAUUCGCCAAAAAUCGCUUUAGACCGGGGUGGGCAAACUUUUUUUGGCCUGAGGGCCACGUCAGGCUGUGCCUCCCCAAAUAGCCUGGCUUUCGUCCCCUCCCACUUCCCACCCCCUGACUGCCCCCCUCAGAAUCCCUGACCCAUCCAACCCCCCCAGCUCCUUGUGCCCUGACCACCCCCUCCUAGAACUCCACCCCCUAUCCAACCCCCGCCCGCUCCCUGUCCUCUGACUGCCCCACCCCCUAUCCAAACCCCCGCCCCCUGACAGGCCCCCCCAGGACUCCCAUGCCUAUCCAACCCCCCCCAUCCCCUGACUGCCCCCCCCAACCUCCAUCCCAUCCAACUGUCCCCUACCCGUCCCCGACCCCCCUGCCCCUUAUCCAACCCCCUUGCUCCCCACCCCCUUACAUGCCACUCAGAUCAGCAGGACUGGCAGCCGUGCCGCCCAGCUGGAGCCAGCUGCGCUGCCCAGAGGGCUGGCGGCACAACAAGCUGAGGCUGCGGGAGAGGGGGACAGCAGGGGAGGGGCCGGGGGCUAGGCUCCCUGGCCGGGCGCUGAAGGGCCGGGCAGGACAGUCCCACAGGCCGUAGUUUGCCCACCUCUGCUUUCGACAGUCGGGUAUGAAAACUAAGCAGUGCCAAUGAUUUACUGGACGAGUGGGCUGGGAAUUAAAGCGUUAACUCCUUUCCCCAGGUACUGCAUCUUGUAACUGUGCGAUGACUGUUCCAGGUGGUGGAUGCACUGCAGUCGUGCUGAAGAGAUUAAAUAAAGGGGAAUGUCCUUUGAACACUGGAAGACCACCAAAAGUCUCUUUGUAAAAGAAUCAAACCUAAUGCCUUAAUGGCUGGCACAGUGUCACUGUCAUGUGCAGCCAGCCAGGAAAAAUCAUGUCUUUGCUGAUGUGAGAAAUACAUCUGUGAUGAUUAAAAGGGGAAAACGCUUGUGGUGAUCUGAAGGCACAGCCCGAAGUCAGGACAUGGUAGAGUGGCUCUGCUCAAGGAGGAGCUCUGGAAAGAGCCUGCCUCAGAGAGGCACAGUCUGUCAUAAGGGCCAACAGUCUGCCCCAUUCCUUGGGGGAAGCAGAUUGCUGCUUCCACUGUGUCAGCCCCAUUCUGCCAGCUGGCUGUUAGCCCCAGGGCAGCAGCACAACUGGGAUGGAGGGGGCAAAGUUCUUGCUCACCCUGCAGCAGCCUCUUGGGCCAUUCACAAUCUCGGCUUUAAGUCUAAUGACUUCCUGCUAUCUGUGCUUCUCUCUGUGUGUGAACAAUUAACACAGACUAGUUACUGUCAGGUUCUAGUCAGUGUCACUUCCUGGCAUAAUCUGGGCUGCAAACACUGCAGCAGCAACAUUUAUGUCAUAUCCCUUGUUUAAUUUUAUAUUUUAUUCCAUGGAAACGUGACUCUGAUUUUGUAAAAGUUCAUUUUUAACUAACUUAAACUUGUGGCAAAAUAAAUCUUUUUAUAUUA